AUGUCAUCCAAGUCUGUAGUACGUAGAUCGAAUACACCUUUAUUAACAUAUGCAAUUUUGGCAGUCGCCGCUGUCGGUUUUUGUGCAUUAUACAUUUACCACAGAACGCAACCACAACAAAGACGCGAUUCAGAAGAUGAGAACGAGUUGGAAGAUACGACCGAACCGCAACCUCGACGUAGAACUGAGCGUCGUGUGCCAAGAAGUCAAGACAGAGAGCUAAAUCUUGCCUCUAGGUUGUUUAGGGGCGCAACCCCUAAAAAGAAAUCUAUGUCUAUAUCAAUGAAAAAUGUCCUACUUUGGAAUCCUUCCCCAGAUCCUGAAGCUCCAAACCAUGCUUUUUAUGAAAACAUCGUCCCUUUUCUCCAUCAUCUCUCUCAAUCAUACGUGAUUCACCUUGUUUGCCCCAUCAACAGCUCCCGGGAAAAAGAACAAAUUCUUGGUCUUCUUCGAAAUGCCAACCUUUUUAGUUCCAAUGCAAUUGAUGAACGUAGAGUUUUGUUCUGUGAGACUCAAGACGGAAAGAUCCAUAUCAUUCGACAUUUGGAGGCAAGUGUCCACAUCGAAGGCGGAACGAAUGGUGAGGAAACUGUAGAAAUGGUUAGAGGAUUCGUGGAGAAAGUCAUUUGGGUGAUGCAAGGAGGAAGUGCAGGAAAUAGUGCUUGGGCCGAAAGCAGUGAGUCCAAAUUAAAUGUGAAUAGGAAUCAAUGGAACAACGUUGAAAUCUGUCAAAACCUUUGGACAAGCAGCCUAAACUUUGAGCUUAGGAAUAGAUGA